AUGGCUCCCUGCAAACCUCGUACCUUCACAGCCGGUCAGGAUCCGCUGACUAAAUUUGAUGGAGCCAUUUCGGUCCGUAAUCUUCCACGGCCCCCGGACCGCUUGUUCCUUUUUCACGGUAUCAUGAGGCCAAGUCGCGGCAUCUAUGCCAAGCUGAUCGCCACCGGCCAAAAGCCCCCCACACAUUUCCACCCCUCCCAGUGGGAAUUCUUCCGCGUGCUCCGCGGGAACCUUACUAUCGAGUUCAACGGGCGUGCCAUUCACCGAACCCCCAGUGAUGGCGAACUGGCAGUGCCUCCCUAUACCCACCAUGUCAUUUAUGGAACCCCGGGGACGGAGAUGAACGAGGUAGAGUUCGUCGUGAGUGCCAGUGAUCCUGCUGCGGAGGAUGAGGGCGCUACUGUUAUGGACCAACCGUUCUUUGAGAAUUGGUAUGGGUAUCAGGAGGAUGUAUUUCAACGGGGGGAGAAAUUGGAUUUUGUGCAGGUGCUUUCGAUGUUCGAUGCCGGCGGCACGUAUCUGUCUCCGCCGUGGUGGGUGCCCUUCCGCUCGUGGAUCGGGCUCUUUCUGGGCAUCGUGGUGGGCCGGUGGAUCGGUGGACUGCUGGGCUACGCGCCCUUUUAUCCUGAGUGGACGACCGACUGGGAGGCAGCCUGUCAGGCAAUGCAGCAGAGCUGGUUCCAACGUCGAUUUGCGGAUCCACAGGCACAGGAACGAGCACGAGAAAGGUUUCGUGAGCAAUUAGAGCAGGAGGCAUCGGCCAAGGGGCAGAAGUCGGAGUAG